GCCGCUCCCGGCCCCUCCCGGCAGCCAGGCCGCGGCUCCCUCCCUCCCUGCGGGCCGCGCUCGCUCUGCUCCGCCCGGCAGCGGGGCCGGCCCGUGGCGAGGCGGCGCCGGGACUCUGCCCAGCCCGCAGCGGGAGCGGGGCUCGGCCGGGCCGGGCCCGCGGGAGCAGCCCCGCCCGGGGGGGCCAUGGCCGAGCGGGCCGCUGCCCAGGCUCCAGAAUGGGACCCGGAGUCAAAGCGCCCAAUGGCUUUACAGUCCCGCUCUGACCCCAGACAGACUUCCGAGAGGGAGAACCAGCUGCAGCCGGCAAAGCUUUCCAUGUGGCCUGCAGUAGCUGCAAUCCAAGCUGUGGACAAGACAGUGGAUUCCCAUGCCACGCGGUUACUGACUCUGGAGAGGAGAGUGGGAACAGCUGAGAAGAAAUUAGUCGAUUGUGAGAAAACGGUGAUACAAUUUGAAAGCCAGCUGGAGAGUAAGUGGGCUGCGCUAGGAACUCUGAUCCAGGGGUAUGGACGGCUGCAGAGGAGGCUGGAGAACAUGGAGAACCUGCUGAAGAACAGGAACUUCUGGAUCCUGAGACUCCCCCCAGGCACUAGGGGGGAGGUCCCCAAGGUGCCGGUGACGUUCGAUGAUGUCGCCGUCUAUUUCUCCCGGGAGGAGUGGGAGAUGCUGGCAGAGUGGCAGAAGGAGCUGUACCAGGAGGUGAUGAGGGAGAAUUAUGCAAAUCUGAUUUCUCUGGCAGGGGACUGGCCCAGGCAGAGAAGCAAGAAGAAAAAUGAGGAGGAAUGUGCUGAAAAGUUGGAAGCCCCUGAGCUUCCGACUGGAAUCGGCUUGGCCAACGGCUCAGAGAAGGCAAAGAUCUGCAGCACUCGGAGUGCCCGCGUCCCAGAGCCAAGCAGCGAGGAAGGCGGCUGGCUGGGGCAGCUUGUUGAAGGUGGAAGAGGGAACAGCCACUGCAUGCAGCCCAGUGGGAAUCAGGGACCCAAGAAAAGGGCGAGACCACACAAGUGCGAUGAGUGCUGGAAAAGCUUCACCUGGAGAUCGGAGCUGGUUCAGCACCUCAGGACUCACACUGGGGAGCGGCCGUAUAAGUGUGCUGAGUGCGGGAAGGGCUUCAGUCAGCACGUCAACCUGACCAUCCACCAGCGUAUCCACACCGGCGAGCGGCCCUACCGGUGCAGUGAGUGUGGGAGGGGCUUUACCCAGCAUAUCAACCUGACCCUCCAUCAGAGAAUCCACACUGGGGAGCGCCCGUACCAGUGCAGUGAGUGUGGGAAAAACUUCAUCCGCAAAUCCAACCUGGCCAAGCACCAGAAGAUCCACACGGGCGAGAAGCCCUUCCAGUGCGCCCAGUGUGGGAAGAGCUUCGUGCACAAGUCCGGCCUGGUGUCGCACCACAGGACCCACACAGGGGAGCGGCCGCACCAGUGCGAGGCGUGUGGGAAACGCUUCGGCCACAAGUCGGGCCUGCUCUCGCACCGCAAGACCCACACGGGCGAGCGGCCCCACCAGUGUGCCCAGUGCGGGAAGAGGUUCCGGCAUAAGUCAGGCGUGGCCUCACACCAGAGCACCCACACGGGCGAGCGGCCUCACCAAUGCUCCCAGUGCGGCAAGCGGUUCUCCCGCACCUAUGAGCUCAUCUCCCACCAGCGCCUGCACACGGGGGAGCGGCCUUACCCAUGCGCCGACUGUGACAAGAGCUUUGUGCGCAAAUCUAACCUGGUGAAGCACCAGCGCGCGCACACGGGGGAGCGGCCCUACCAGUGCGGCCAGUGCGAGAGGAGCUUCUCCCAGAGGUAUGAGCUGGUGGCUCACCAGAUCACCCACACUGGGGAGAGCCCCUAUACCUGUGCCCAAUGCGGGAAGAUCUUCAGCCAGAAGUCAAACCUCGUGAAGCACGAGCGCAUCCACACCGGCGAGAGUCCCUUCCCCUGCACCCAGUGCGGGAAGAGCUUCAGCCAACGCGCCAACCUGGUGAAACACCAGCGGAUCCACACCGGGGAGCGACCAUUCCAGUGUGCCCACUGCGGGAAGAGCUUCAGCCAAAAGUGCGAGCUCGUGUCUCACGAGCGGAUCCACACUGGGGAGCGGCCAUUCCAGUGCACCCACUGCGGGAAGAGCUUCAGCCAGAAGACGAGUCUGAUCGCUCAUCAGAGGAUCCACACUGGAGAGAGACCUUACGGGUGCAGCGAAUGUGGGAAGAGGUUCAGCCGCAUGCAGCACCUCGUGUCACACCAGCGAAUCCACACAGGAGAGCGACCGUACCAGUGCACCGAGUGCGGGAAGAGCUUCAGCCAGAAGUCCAACCUUCUCACGCACCAGACCAUCCACACGGGGGAGAGGCCCUUUAAAUGCACGGAAUGUGGGAAAAGGUUCAGCCAGAGAAAAAGACUGAGGUAUCACCAGAGAAUCCACACCGGGGAGCGGCCGUACCCCUGCGCCCUGUGUGGGAAAGGUUUCGCCACCAAUUCCCGCCUGAAAUAUCAUCAGCGGAUCCAUUCGGGAGAGAGGCCUUAUCAGUGCAGCGACUGUGACAAACGCUUCCGGCACAAGUCGGCUCUGGCCUCCCACCAGGGCAUCCACACCGACGAGAGGCCUUACAAAUGCACCGAGUGCGGGAGCAGCUUCCGCCGCCGGAACGGGCUUGUCAAGCACCAGAGGAUCCACACGGGGGAGCGACCCUACCCGUGCGCGCAGUGUGGGAAGAGCUUCAGCACGAGGAGCACACUCACCGAUCAUCAGAGGACCCACACCGGGGAGAGACCCUACAACUGCAGCCACUGCGGGAAAAGCUUCAACCGGGUCUCGCAGCGCCGGAAACACCAGAGAAUCCACACGAAAAAGCGACCGGAAUGUGCCGAGUGUGGGAAAAGGUUCCGGAGUGAGAAGGAGCUCGCCACGCACCAGAGGGUCCACACUGGAGAGAAGCCAUACCAGUGUCCCCAGUGCCAGAGGCGCUACCAUCGGAAGAACGAACUGGCCAAGCACCUGAAAAGCCACGUGGGGAUGAAGCCAUAACCUCGGGCUUAGGGAAGCUGGGUGUGGAGAGCACCACACCAGACACGAACCAGCCCUCCAGGCCCAGCACUGCUCCAUUCCAGGAGUGUCUCGAGGAGACGUAUCUGUGAGUUAGGAAUGUGGGGAGGGAGAGGGAGUGGUCUUGCGAGGGCAAGGUGUGGUCAGGGAAGUAUCUCCCUACUGCUGUCCCUGUUCAGGGCCUGAGCCGGGAUUCCAAGGUGCAGGCAGGGCUGGAAAACCCUCUUUCACCAGACCCACAGAGCAAGGCAGUCUGGGAAUUGUAGGCCCCAGAGAGGCCAGGACUGUAAUAGGCCUGUUGAGAAAGGGCUGGGUUGGGGUAUAUAAGAAUCUACCUUCCCUCAAAUGCAGGAGAGACUCAGAGGGAGCCAGGAGGGGUCUCUGAGAAGAAGGGGCAGCUUAUCUAUCGUUUCGUUUGGUUUGGUUUGCUCAUUUUACAGAGAUAGAACUUUUGAUUUAGGGGUUGUCUACACACAAGUUUACACCAAUUUAGGUAAGUCAGUACAAACCCCUGUGUGGACACUCUUACUUCAGUUUAUUUGAGCAUAGAUUAAAUCUGUUCCUGGCCAAUUUAACAUAAAUGAAGUAAACCUGGUUUAAAGAGAGAGAAAAGUGUUCACAUGGUUUUUUAGACCUUUUAAUUAAAGAGGAUCAAUAUCAGACCUUCUGUUAAACUGGUGCAACUGAGCAUGUAAAUGUUUGGGAUUUGAAAUGACUGUGGGACAUCCCCUACCUCAAGGGGGACUGUCCUAAUUCCAGAAAGAUCGGGGAAUGAAAAGCCCUGAACCGCAGAUUGGGGUAAGGGAAAGGUGUUUUGUUUUAAAGGGGGCCAUGGCCAUGGCUCCUUGUUUGGUUUAGCGGGGUAACUGUAUGAUAGCCGUGCCCCAGCUCUGGCCUCCUGUGGCUCUGCUAAAGUUAAGGCGGAGAACUCCUUUCUCUUUAAAUGUUGGCUCUUCUGAGUGCUGUAACUUGGAUUGCUUGGAAAGAUACAUAUGGAACCAGGUGGGGAAAGUUUCCCUCUGAAGUCAAAUCUUGCACAGCCCCUGAAAAUUCCCACAAGAAAUGGCUGCUUUGUAAUAAACAUGCUCUGGUUCAACCACAAAA